UGGGAGGGGAGCAAUAAACAGCCCGGGACGCGGAAGGACGAGCGGGAGUGGACCGAAGGGCGGCGGGCGCGGGGACAUGGGGUCUCCGGUGCUGGCCGGGCCCGCACUCCCGCUGCUGCUGCUGGUGCUGCUGCCGCCAGGCCCUGCCCGCGGCGCCGCGCGCUUCGACCCCACCUGGAAGUCCCUGGACGCCCGCCCGCUGCCCGCCUGGUUCGACAAGGCCAAGUUCGGCAUCUUCAUACACUGGGGCGUGUAUUCCGUGCCCAGUUUCGGGAGCGAGUGGUUCUGGUGGUAUUUGCGAGAGAAAAAGAUACCAAAGUACGUGGAAUUUAUGAAAAAUAAUUACCCUCCUGAUUUCAUAUAUGAAGAUUUUGGACCACUAUUUACAGCAAAAUUUUUUGAUGCGAACCAGUGGGCUGAUAUUUUACAGGCUUCUGGUGCCAAAUAUGUUGUCUUAACUUCCAAACAUCAUGAAGGCUUCACCUUGUGGGGCUCAGAGUAUGCGUGGAACUGGAAUGCUGUGGACGAGGGGCCGAAGAGGGACAUUGUCAAGGAACUUGAAGUAGCUGUUAGGAACAGGACAGGCCUGCGUUUCGGGCUAUACUAUUCCCUUUUUGAAUGGUUUCAUCCACUGUUCCUUGAGGAUGAAGUCAGCUCAUUCCAGAAACGACUAUUUCCAGUGUCUAAGAUGCUGCCUGAGCUCUACAAGUUAGUGAACAAGUAUCAGCCUGAGGUCCUGUGGUCGGAUGGCGAUGGCGGGGCCCCAGACACCUACUGGAACAGCACAGGCUUCUUGGCCUGGUUGUAUAAUGAAAGCCCAGUUCGGGACACAGUGGUCACCAAUGACCGUUGGGGAGCUGGCAGCAUCUGUAAGCAUGGUGGCUACUAUACCUGCAGUGAUCGUUAUAACCCAGGACACCUUUUGCCGCACAAGUGGGAGAACUGCAUGACGAUAGACAAGUUUUCCUGGGGCUACAGGAGGGAUGCUGGGAUCUCUGACUACCUUACGAUUGAAGAUUUGGUGAAGCAACUUGUAGAAACAGUUUCAUGUGGAGGAAAUCUUUUGAUGAAUAUUGGGCCCACACACGAUGGCACCAUUUCUCCAAUUUUCGAGGAGCGACUAAGGCAAAUGGGGACCUGGCUAAAAGUCAAUGGAAAAGCCAUCUAUAAAACUCAAACUUGGAGAUCCCAGAAUGACACUGCCACCCAAGAUGUGUGGUACACAUUCAAACCUAAAAGCAAAUUGGUCUAUGCCAUGUUUCUCACAUGGCCCACGUCAGGACAGCUGCUUCUGGGUCAGCCCAGAGCUACUCUGGGGGCAACAGAGGUUAAACUGCUGGGACAUGGACAGCUACUUAACUGGACUUUUUCCAAGCAAAACGGCAUUAUGGUUGAACUGCCUCACCUAACUGUUCAUCAGAUGCCCUGUAAAUGGGGCUGGGCUCUAGAACUAACUCAUGUGGCCUAAUGUGCAGCAGAGGGCUUUAUGCUGCUGUAAUAUCUAAGACUGAAAAUAUCAGGUGUCUAUAGUUGUAGCACAUGAGAAAUCAAAUGUGAGAUUGAACAAGAGUUUCCUAAAUCACCCACAUCACUGUUUUCACUCUUCAGUGCACUUUGCUAUUGAUGUCUCUUCACAUUGCAUUUAUUUCCAUGUGUGAUUCAGAGGUGGGGGUUUUUAUUUUAGGGUAGCUAGGAAUUGGUGGUGUUAAGGACUGGAUCGUGUCUUCUGCCAAAUUCACAUGUUGAAGCCCUAACCCCUCAAUGUGACUGUAUUUAGAGAUUUUAAAGAAGUUACUAAGCUUAACUGAAGUUAUAAAGGUGGGAUCUUAGUCCAGUAUAACUGGUGUCCUUAUAAGAAGAGGAGCAGGAACGUGAGCGCACAGAGGAAAGAUCACGUGAGGACCCAGUGGGAAGUCGGCCACCUGCAGGUCAAGGCGGGAGGCCUCAAGGGAACCCAGACCUGCCACCACCUGGGGCUUUCGGCUUCCAAACCUGAGAAGAAAUAAACUACUGUUGUUUAAGGCA